GUGAGUGUUAAACACCGACUCCCUGGUGCGUGUUUAUUAAAUGUCUUGUAAGAGAAUAGCAAUGAAGUUCCAUAACUAAUUUUUAUGAAAUUCAUUUUAUUCUGUGUUCAUUUUCAUUAAGUGCGAACCACGGCUUGGGAAUUACCAAGUUGUGUACUCAGAAAUCCAGUUCAAUACAGAAUAUCGCACUCUCGUCGGCUAUUGAAUACACCGAAAUAUUCAAAUUGAGGUACGAGUGCAACAGCGAGUUAUUACUGGGUGCCACGAUAGAAUCGUUAAACAAGAGCAAGAAUGGCGAAAUACUUUAUGCUUUCAUCAUCAACCUUUUGAGCUCAGAGUGGUAACAUUUUAACUUAACCAUUACCGUGAGAGGACUGCUUCUUAUCAGGAAACGAACAACCACGAUGCGGUGAUGGUUAAAUAGCAUAUGAAAAUUUUCAGCUUUAACUUCAACUUGCUGUUCUACCACGUGCGGCUCAAUACCCGUCAAUUACUGGUAAUACGAGCGAUAUGGAUUUCUCAACAUCUGAGGAAGAGCAGGAAUACCAAGAUUUUUGGAAUUCUCUUAAUAACGAAAAUCUAACGGAAGAGGAAUACCUCAGUCGAGUUUUGGGACCAAAACAUUUGCCACCGAAACUAGUGAUUCCAUUGACAAUGGCAUAUGUGACAAUAUUUGUAAGUGGAGUGGUUGGCAAUUUUGCUACUUGUGUUGUAAUCAUUAAAAAUGCAACUAUGCAUAGUGCGACGAAUUAUUAUCUCUUCAGUUUGGCAAUAUCGGAUUUGAUUUUACUCUCUUUGG